AAAUCUUCAUGAGAGCCAUUUGCUUUUGGUGCUGCUGUGUAACUACCUGAGUGCUAGUUAGCUUCUGGCCUCACAGGUAUAUACAUGGAAAUCCAUCUGUUGCUAAGUAAUGACUGCAGAACUGUUGGUCAGCAAAUACCCCCCCCACCCCCCACCACCCUGGAGAUGAGGGCUCUUUCAGGCUGGUGCUGCUCAGCCAUGCUGGCCUCACAGAGCAGCUGUGCUUGGGUCCUCUCCAGCACAGGUCACUGCAGUGCAGUGCUGGUAAGCUCGGGCAUGGGCAGCAGGGGAGCAGUUUCAUCGAAAUCUGAGAUCAAAGGCGUUCAGAAUAGAAAGCUUCCUUGUUCCUGGAAGGAGAUGGACGGGAAGCACAAGGAGCACUUUGAGAAUCUGUUCUGUAACUCUAAACUCUGCUGCAACCCCUUUAGGAAUCAUCUACGUUUGGAUCCAAUUGCACAUAAGUACGGUUUGAAGUGGAAAUGUUUUGCUUUGUACCUUCUUAAACUACUGCCUUUGCAGAAGCAAAGUUCUCAACGUUUAAACUGCUUCUGUGGCACCCAUGGUCUUUGCUCACACCCUGUGUGUGUGGCUCCUGCUACUUCCCUCCUAAGGCUGAGGCCGGGUGAGCAGCACUCCUGGCUUCUGCGCAUGUGUUCCCAGAGGGACCUCCUCUGAGCUGCAGCAUCUCUUCUGCUACGGAAACUAAAGGGAACUCUUUAAUGGGAAGUAAUAUAGAGGCUCCUAGCAGCUUCAGCAGGCCCCAAAUAGCUUGUGCAUGUUUUCCUUGUGAUAACAUCAGGAAGUGGGGUGAUUCCCUCUUCCUACUCCUCAUUAGUGUUUUUGGUGAAUGCUGUCCUUCAGUACUGUGAUCUGUUGCUGUGAGGAAUGGGCAGAGCCGAGCAGACUGCUGUCCUCUAGAAUAUAUGGGAUUAAGUGGUCUCAGAAUAUCUGAAAAUGGCCUUAAAGUGUGAAUAAAGUCUUCUAAAAGCAGUGUGAGUAGAGAAGCACAGUGUGGGGAAAUGGCUUUGCCUGAAGUCUCAUAGCAGCGUGUCAGUAAUAGUGCUGGGAAAGGAUCAUAAAUCUCUUGACUAGUGGGCUGAUGCCAUUGCAGCUAAAAGACUUUACCUUUAAACAGAAAAACUUCUUGCCUUAUGCAGCUGCUUUCAAAUGGCUGAACAACAGAAUAGCAACCCUCCCUCUUCCCCCCAAAACAUAAUGUGUGUGUACAUAUAUAUAUUUAAUCUGUCACUUAGAGGGAUUUUUAUAUGAACAGUUAAUUACAUUGUCUUAGGCAACACUGAGAACAUCAGAUCUGGAGAAGAAUUUGUGAAAUAAAGACAAGAGCUGUAAAGGAAUUUUUUUGCAUGUGAUGUUAUUCCCAGUUUGCUGCAUAACAAUUAAUGUCUUCUUUUUAAGAGAGGACGAGAGCAGAGAAAACUGCGUGCUGAAUUCAAGUUUGAAUCUCUCAUUGUUUAAAAUAACAAAUCACUUGAAGAAAGGUUGUUGGUUUUGUUUUUCUAACGUGGAAGCUGAGGAAACAGAUCGGUACUUUAGAGAGUACGAUAGAAGAUGUUAAGCAGUGAGUUAACUGCAUCUGUGUUCCAAGUCCAAGUGCUACGAACAAGGCUCCAUUCAGAUCUUCAGUUAUAAGAUUUAUGCUGAAUUCAUUAUGCUGAGUUUGAAUUCUGUUGGGAGAAGAAAAAGAGAAUCAUAGGAGAUCUGUUAAAAAUCCCUGUUCCUGUUUUGCUAGCUCGUUUUGUGAAGAGAUGAAGCAGGGUUCUCCUUUUCCAUCUCCCUGUAUUUGUCUUGCACUUACACAGGUCAUCUGUUAAUUAUUAGCAGCUGUGAAGCUAUUGAGUUACAUAAGUAUAGCUAGCAGUCAGCAGAGCCUUGCAUCAUUCUGCAGAUCUGUUCGCUGCAACAACAGAUAGGUUUUGUAACUUGCUUGACACGGGUAUCAAACUAUUCAAGAGAGCAUCAGCAGGCAUGGGAGGUCGGGAAAUCCUUUAAGUCAUAGAAAUGAGGCACAAUAAUGUGCUGUUGUCACAGCAGCGUGCUGUGCAGAUAGCACGUGUGUUGUUGGCAGGCUGUGGGGAGGGCUGUGUCAGGUUGAUCCCUGACAGCUGAGCUGCCAGCCACACAGAGCAGGAUUGUCUGGGCCCAGAGAUGGGCAUUAGGAGCAGAGCAGGUGUGGGGGCUUUGGGGCAUGUCACAGGUUAGCCACGCUCUCUGAUGUGACUGUAUGCAGCAAUCUGUCCUCUGUGUUAGGGACAGCUUCUUUAAAUCCAGAGAGUGCGCAGCUGGGAAUUGGAGGUUUCUCAGCCAUGGAACCGUCCCCGUGAAGGAGAGUGUGCUGGUGUGGGCAGCCCAGAGCUGGGUUCUGUGUAACGGGUAUGUAACGCUGUCAGCACACGGUGGGAUUUGGUUAGCAGCACGAGUUCCUUCCCACAGAACCUUCAGGGAAUACAGAAGACUUAAUCCCCUGCAGUUCUGGGUAUUAAGUCACAGACUGUGUAAUGAGCUCUCUGAUCCAGGCUUUGAUUUUUGUUUUCAGAUUGCUGUCGUCUUGUUCUCUGCUUUGCUGGUUGAAAGACCUCUGUAGGCUAGAAUCCAUAAAAUGGUGAAUGCAGUGAUAUCAAAUCUGUAAAAAAAAAAAUGCAAUCUGUUACAUACUUGUUCUCUGGAAUUAAAAUGAUAAAAUGAGUUACAGGAAAUAGGGUGUCCUUCUGGGUUAUAGUCUGUGUUAGUGGCUCAGAUCUGUUCCCUGACACAACAAGGCAAAAUAAGAGUUUUCCUGAGCUUCCAGACUCUUAUUUAUUUAUUUUUAAUGUAGCAGUGUGAAGUCUGAAAUUCAGUGCCUUAAAUCGGUGACCUCUGGUGUGAGAACAGUGGCUGAAGCCCCACUAGCUCACAGUCUGAUGGCCUCUGAGAUACACCGGGUGCUCUGCACAGCCCUCAGGUCCCCCAGCAGCCUGGGGUCAGGUGAGUGCUGGGAGGUUGUUGUGGCAGCACUGUAGGGCCCAAGGACACUGGUGCCAACUGAGAUUGCCCUUGUACAAGCAGCCUGUGCAGAAUGGUGCUUAGCUUGUAACUAGUGUCAGCUAGGUCACUUCUUAUCACUAUAGGUGAUUAAAGGGAAGGAUCUUCUUGGAGGAAGGGCAUGAAUUGGUUACUCUUUCCCUCUGUCUCCUACAUAGGAAAUGCUUCUUAGGAAACAGCUAGUAUUCUUCAUUAGGAGAAGAAAUGUGUGGAAACCCUUCUGCAUCAGACAUGCAGUAAUAAGCUCUGCUGUCGUCCGUUUCUCCAUCUCCCCCAUAGCAGUUGCUUUGGUCACUGCUCUUCUCAGGUCAUGAUUUGCCUAGCGCACAAACAGCCUUAGUUGUGGCAUUUCUUAAAGCUCAUCCUCCCCUCGCAGCUGCCUUCAGUUUGCAUGGUCCGUGGCUUUCUGUUAGCCUCACCUCCUGGGCCCUUAUCAGGCUCUCUCUAACUUGUGCCUCAUCCAGGCUUUGGCUUUUUGCAGUAGAGUGUCUCCUGUUUUGUUCUGGGUUGUCCCACAUCUCCAGCAGUCCCUGCAAGAGCAGGGGAGUUCCUGCACUGUGCCUGCAGAGCGUCAAGCAUGCUGGUUACAAGCUGAACUUCAUGUCAGCCUGUUCUCAUCAAAAGUGUUCCAGACGGGGGCAGAUUGUUUUUACAAAGCACUUCGCUGCUAUCUGAGCCUCCUCUGGACAAAGCAAGAGGCCCAGGAUAUUUCCAAAUGUUUGUAUGUUUUGUAUUUCCAUGCAGGGAAAACCAGAAAUAGGGGGUUUUCUUCCUUACUUUCACAUUUGAAGUUAAUUGAGGCCGUUUUUAAAGGAAGUAUCAAAUGUAAACCAUAAGGGGUGUUCUGUUUAUGUUGUAAGUAAACAAAGCCCUUGGUCAUGCACAUAGUGAGUCUGCAUGACUCGAUGUAUUUACCUUUUUGUCUACAUCUCCAUUCAGGUACAUGUUCCUUGUUUGUUUGUUUUUAUAGUCAUAUAUCUUGCCUUAGCUUCAGGACUUCUGAGAUAGGGAUGCAUUUUCAUAAUGUUCUGUAAAAUGCAUUUUCUAUCCCUGUAGGAUGAAAUGAAAUGCAGAUGAUAGCAAUAUACUGGGAAGGAAUAUGUACAAGUAUGUAAUUGUUAGACAAUAUAGUUCAUCUGAGGCCACUGAGGCAGUACCUACCAGAAUACACUUUCCAACCACCCCAGACUGUUGCUACUUUGAAACUGAGAGUAAGGUAUUAAGCAUACAGCUUUGUUUGACAGCAGCUGUGGUGUUGUAUUGGAACCAGAAAAUCUUAAAUGGGAGGCAAUCCUAAAGUUUUGUUUCAUACUAGAGAGCAAGCAGCAAACUACAAGGAAAUAAUCCUCCUGUUAACUUUCCUACUGGAUUUUUCAGGUACAAGUUCUGCUUUUGUGCUGAAUACAUUACAUUCAGGGUGUUCUUAAGUUUCAAGGUUGUUUUAGAAGUAUUCUGAGUGGGUAACUUAAUUGAAAUAAAUAAUGCAGGAUUUUUGGAUUUAAAUUUCAAUUCUCUAAGUGCUCUUCAAACUGAAGAAUCUUAUUCUGAAAAGUUACUGCAUACUUACUCUUACUUGCCCCCUUAAGAGAAUCCAGAGCAAUACUUAAUUCCUCAUUGUUUGUUUUUGCUUUUCCUAGCAGAUCUUUACAGGCUUGAUAUCUCCAACACUUACUGUAGCUUUCUCUUUUCCUUUUGUACACGUUUGUGCAUGCUGUUUGGAGAUGGAGGAAGACAUUAGCUUCUAUAGGGAACUAGAAAAUGGGAUAUUCCAUAACUGACAAACUGGUCAAGUUCCUCCUUUAUUCUUCUAAAAUGUGCCAGUUGUUUGGCAGAACAGCCCUGGUAAUGCGAGUGAAUUGCAGGGUAAAAGCCAGUUGGAUGUCAUCAUGCACAGUACUUAAAUGAGAACACUGAGGGACAUUGUGCUUCCAGGGCAAAGAACUGUCAUUGUUGUCUUCUGCUUUUUGUUACUUCAAAAGUUUGCCAGGAAAGUUUCCUCUUAGGAGCAAUAACAGAGUUUACAGUUGCUUACAGUAAAAGUGGUAUAACACCGCUCUUUGCUUAGGCUAGGAGCUUUUAUUCCUCUUGCUAGAGUGUUUGUGCGCUGUCUGUUUGCUAAUCAGUGAGGCUGAUUGGGCAUUAAAGAACUCGUGGUUGUAUACCAUGGUGUUAUAACAGCUUCCAAGGCCUUCCACUGUCUGCUAUGCAGAGAAGCAGAUAAAAACACAACAGAAAAACCCUGCAAGAAGGGAAAGUAAAAAAGAACAUAGUGUUUUUUACCUUCUUCCUUUUAUCUAGAAGAGAUAAGGAAGUGUCCCACUGCCAUUUCAUAGCUAAGCAUGACUCCGUGCCCUAGGAAGUGAGGAGAGACUAAAAAACCCUACCAGUGAACUUGUGAAAUGGCAGGCAGGCAGUGGCACUCCUCUGCCCUUGGUAUGAUGCAAGGUCACUGCAGGAUGGCAGUGCUGGAACAGGACUGCCCUGAGCAGCAUCAGGGCACCUCUUCCCUGGCUCCACAGGCUGUUGUCCCUUUGGCAUGUGCAUGGCAUUGCUCCCUCAGGUAGGGAUGGCUGCUUAUGUUUGGAAAUCAGGAGAGCUUUCUUCCUGCUGCAAAGCUCCCACAGCCUCAACGUCUUCUAAGGGCUUGGGCUAUCACUGUCACGUGUGACUGUUUGGAGUUGGGGGCAACUACUGUCUGCAGGCACGUUUGUUGCAAUGCACCUCAGCUCUAUACAGUAAAAGUAUCAUCAUUUAUGGUUUCACUUCUCUGUGUUUAGUUCUGGUGUGUCCUGGUUCCUUUGUUUCUCAACAGAGCAUGUGAUUCUGGUAGUGUUGGAGUUUUCUGUGAUGCACACCAGUGCAGGAUCUCUGACCUGUCACCAGGGAAUUCUGCCUGAUGUAAAAUGAGGGACUUUUAAAAUUGUUCUUAAGGGUAUAAUUGUGGAAGUAGUUGAUUUGACAAGUGUUCAAAGGUCUCCAAAACCAACAUUCCCAAGAGCACCGCAGUGCACUGACUUUCUCAUUAGAAGUCAGGAGAACUGUCCCAGUUAGCAGCAAAAGGCCUGAAGAUAAAUAUGUCACAAAGUUUACCUAGCUCCAAACUGCUAACAGUGGAACCUGAAGCAGGAGCAAACAGCCUGUGUAACAGCUGCCAUUGCCAAACCCCUGCUGGCAGCACAGGAGGUGGCUGCAUCAGCACCUUCGGGCUCAUGCAGCGUGCUGUGGUGCACAGCAUCAUCUCCCUGCACUGCCUGAUGGUCCUGCUCUAUGACAGGCUGGCUCUGCUGGGACAUGGCCCACAGGCAGGUGGCUUUACCAAAAUGACUAAAAGUGAUUAAAAGUGCAGUUAUAGCCUUCUGUAGGAUUUCUGCUGUUUGAAGCUAGAGCACUAAACUGCUGCCCCCACUUGUACACUCAGCUGUUGAUCCUGGGGGCUUAUCCUGUCUUCCAUAUGAGGCAGAGGGGCUACUUUGUGUCUGGGUGGUGCAGCCUCCUGAUAGCAGCUGGGUUGCAGCAGUACAGGGAGCUUUUAGGUCAGCAGUUUAUCUCUAAGCCUGUUGUGUUGGAAAUAAACAUGAGUGUUUUCUAUCAGUUUUUGUGUAUUGUAAUUACAAUAAGUUGUUAGUCCUAAGUCUACAAUGGUUCCUGCUCAAAACAGCAUUAAGGAACUUCAGGCUGGAAGGCACUGUGGAGCAGCCAGGUGAUGGAUGUGGGCUGGUGCUGCACCCUGAUGGCUCCAGGAUCACUGGGCACAGUGAGCUCUCCUGAAUGUGGCCCCUGCACUACACAUUGCAUGAACAGCCUGGGAAAUGUUGCUGCAAUCUAAUUAGCUUCAGCAGGUGCAUUCUGGAGUGAAUUUUCAGGCCUCGUGUUCUGCCCAAGCAUCUCUCCAGCUGCUGAGGAGAUUUCUUAGCAAGGUCAGCUGAAGCUCAGCCUUCCACCAUGCCUGUGCCUCCCCCUCCUGCGCCACCACCGCCCCCAACACUGGCCUUGGCAAAUACUGAAAAACCAACUCUGAGCAGGUCAGAACAGGCAGGGCGAAAUGCUCUAUUGUCUGAUAUCACCAAAGGAAAAAAGCUAAAGAAGACUGUUACUAAUGACAGAAGUGCUCCAAUUCUAGACAAACCCAAGGGAAGCGGUGGAAGUGGCGGUGGCUUUGGAGGAGGUGGCGGUGGCAGCGGUGGGGGUUUUGGUGCUGGUAGCGGUGGUGGUGGCUUCAGUGGUGGUGGACCACCUGGUCUUGGAGGACUUUUUCAAGCAGGAAUGCCAAAGCUCAGAUCUGCUGCGAGUCGAGAUGCUGAUGCUGGGACAGCCCGCCCACCUGCACUGCCACCUGGAGCCCGCUCUGCUGCUGCCAAGCCAUUCUCAGCACCAAGUGGCCCACCUCGCUUCCCAGGGCCGCCACUGGGGCAGCGGAACCCAGCUGCUGACCCUCAGAGGAGCCGCCUGCCGCCACCCAGGCCUGACGUGGGUUCUAAACCUGAAGCCACACCACCACCAGUGCCCAGCACACCCCGGCCCAUUGCCUCCAGUCUGCACGGACGGAAUUCAGCACCAGUUCUCAACCGUCAGCCCAGCUUGGGGCCAACACCACCACCAUUCCCAGGCAGCCGGGGCACAGGGUCAGCUGGCUCCCUGCGGCAGUCUGGCCCAGGCCCAGCAGCCCCCUACUCGGGCAGACCACCACUGCCACCCACACCCGGUCGCUCACCGUUGGAUGAGAAACCACCACCACCACCACCUCCUUCCGGGCACCGACCAACUUCCAGCCGGGACAUGGCCCUGCCGCCGCCACCACCGCAGAACAACAAGCCACCUGUACCCGCUUCACCGCGGCCACCCCUUGGUGUCCCUGCUCCCCCGCCACCCCCCAGCAGGCCAGGACCACCCCCUGUGCCCCCUGGUCCUGCCAGCAGUGAUGAAAUGCCACGACUGCCCCAGAGGAACCUGUCCCUGGUGCCCCCUGCUGCACCCAGCUCUGGGGGUGGCCGCUCCGGCCCCCUGCCACCGCCACCCAGCGAGAGGCCCCCACCGCCCAUCAGGGAUCCUCCCAGCCGAGCAGGCCCCCUGCCACCACCACCUCCCCUCAGCAGGAAUGGAAGCACUUCGAGGGCUUUACCUGCUGCUCCCCAGCUGCCUUCCCGGGCUGGGCUGGAGAACCACAGGGGUGGGCCUCGGCCACCACUUCCCCCGGACCGGCCGGGAACAGGCGCUCCACCACCACCCCCACCACCUUCAUCAGCGCUCCGGAAUGGCUUCCAGGACUCGGGCGACGAUGAGUGGGAAAGUAGAUUUUCUUUCCAUCCUAUAUCUGAUUUGCCACCUCCAGAGCCAUAUGUACCUGUGAAUAGAAGUUACCCCAGUAAACUAGCAAGAAAUGAAAACCGAGGAGGCUCUGGUCGAAAAGAAAGAGGUGUCCCCCCACUUCCACCUAUACCAAGGUGAAGUGGGUUCUGGCCCAUUUUUGGGCAACCUGUGUUUUACAAGGUUUCCUUCGAGUCAGCUCUCCUGCCCACGUUGUUGGAAAGUUGUCUGUUUUGCUCUACUUCCACUUUUGGCUUGUCAGCUGGAAUAAACUUUGGUCUAUUACAAAAGUAAUAGACAAAGCUUAUGAACUGUAGUUGCUCAAAGCUAUAAAUUUUGUUUGCUUAUACUGCAGGCUGUCCUGAAAGGCGUUUUAUGGACCAUGCCCGACAUUUGUGCAUCAUACUUACCGGGUCCAGCCCUGUCCUCUUGAGAGUUCCACAGAGGUCUGGCUUUGAAUUUAACGAGAGCUGGAACAAAGCUGUUUCAUUCAUGUGGGGUACAGUGGCUGUAUUAUUUGAAAAGUGAAGUACAAUCUGUUUGCUGUUUAUAAACCAACUGCCAGGGAAUACUGUAUAGCUGAGAAUCCCCUGGAGCCUUCUUUGCUUGCCUGACCUGGUCCAUCUGCUUCUGCGAGCUAUAGUCAUACGACAUGGGGACUGAAAGUUUAUCUUAAAUCUUUUCACCUCAGCUUAGCCAAGUAAUUUUCUUUUAUACUGUAGAUAGCACAUCCUGUCCUGAGGAUGGAAUGUGUAUGGCCUUAUUUUUAUCUGCAGAGAAUCUUCCAAAGAAGAGCACAAGUGAAGAAUUUGGCAGCAUAAGAAUAUCUUUUUUUACAACUUUUUUUCUUUGUUUUGUAAUAACUUUACAGUUUUAAUCACUUAAUGCUUUUCUACUUUGAUGUGGACCAUCCUACAGUCAUCUGUGUCCUGGACUAUUGCAAUGCACUCUUCCUGAGACUACCUGCAAAGAGUUCUCCAAAGGUAGUCGUAGUGGAAAUGCACAGCAGUUAUUGUCAUUCUUCUUUCUGUAAAACAUUUCUAACACCAGUGCUCCACAGACUGCUUUCCAUUUGUUUCUUUGGUACAAUUAAAUGAUGGGGUUUUAAUUUAAAAAGCUUCCUGAGGCUUAGGUGACAGUCUCAGAGAGAUUCUAGUUGACUUAUAACAGUAGAGAAGCUGGAGUAAAAAAUGUGCAUAGGUGGAAGCUCUUUGAUGUCAUGAAGAAGGUCUGGAGUUUGUGUGUUCAAGUGGAAGUACGAACUCCAAAAUUGCUAUCUGCACUGGUUCAAGAGGAUGGGAAGAUUUGACCUUCUGAGUUUACCAUGAAGCCUCUUCUUUCAGCCUCCACUGAAGGGAGCCUCAGCAGAGAGCCAUGAGGCUUAUGCUAAUAGAAAAGUAUUCUCAUGUUGUGACAAUUGACUUAUAUGUUUAAUGGCUUUUGAAUUUUUUGUUUGAUAAAAGAGUUCAUUGAAUUGGUGCCUUUUGUAAAAGGAUCCAAAUGCAUGUGAAAUGCCUUUGAAAAUUAGAGGAAGGUUUUAAUUCUGAAAUUUUGAAUAUUGCCAAAUAAUAGCUCUUUGUGAAUUGGACUUCUGAAGUUUAACCCUGAAAAAUUUCUCCUCCGUCUUCUCAACAGCAUUUCUACAGCAUGCUUCUUGGGACCCCUACAAAGCUUGUACCAGCAGCCAUGUUUCACUGGGUAAAAAAAGAAAAAUAGGUCAUGUUGGAUAGAAAGUGUUUCUCUAGUGUGAGAUAUGUGAUCCUAAGCUGAGGCUAGAGUGAGGUUAGCCCUAGAAAAUCCAGGGAAUGUAGCUGAAGAGAGUUUGAAUCCCACUGCAAUGUCUGCAUGUGGGGCUUCUUGCCCAUCAGUGGGCUUGGAGGGGCAGACCACCUUUGUCCCACCACUGGGGCAGUCAGCAUGAGGAGCGCAAGGCAGAGCUGGGUACAGCCACAUCAAGAUAGCUUCUUGGCCUUUUUGGUAUAUGUUUACAAAAUCUUGUUAGCUGUGAUAGCAUUUGAUUACAUACAGGUUUUUACAAUUUUGUAUCUAAUGACUUAUUUUCAGUUACUAUCUAUGGUCUUGAACCUGCAAUUGAGUGCGCAGGCGCAGGGAUGUAUCUACAUCAAGUUGCAGGGUCAUGGCUGUGUAAGAGCUUCUUAAAGAAAUAUUAAUGGGACCUCCGUGUGACAGGUGCACCUUGGGAUCAAGCCUAGCUCAGUACUGAAUUUCUAUGUAUUUUAUGGUUGUCACUUAAACGUAUGCACUAUGCAAAGUACCUGUCUCUUUGGCAUAUUGUUAUGUGAAUAGAAGUCCAAAUAAGAUUUCUAGGAUAGUAACUUAAAGGAUAAAUUAUUGUACUCAUGUUAUUGAAAUGAAGCACUUACAACUUUGAGGAGUAGCAUUCUGAAUUUAAGAAUACAAUAUUUUCAAUACAUUGACCUUCCAAAUCCUUAAUAUCCAAACAGCUAUGCAGCCAAAAAACCUAGAAAAAAUAAAAUCCAAGAGCUGUACUGUGUCUUGUACCUUACCUGCUUCCAGUAUGACUGUUCUACUUCAAGUAAAAUGCUGCAUAUUGUUCUGCCACCGCUCUGCAUUGUUCAGAAUAUCCUGUAUUUGAUCUUUUUGGUAAGGCUCACUGAGCAUAAAGUCUGGGCCUUAACCAGUGACUUGGCAAGUCAGCUUCAGUCUCCCUUAAAAUGUGCUGUGUAAAAGGCCCUCAGUCAACGAGCCGAGGAACCCAAGCUGCCUGUUGGUUUCAGUGCUUCCUUGUACUGUAGAAACCUCCUCAGAACAGCUGUUUGGAAUAUAUGUAAAGUACCUUAAAAAUGCAGAAAGAGAUAUUUUUUUCACCUAGCAACAAUUUGACUGUUUAUAUCUUUUGUGAUAAAAUUCCCUAGUAUAAUCCAGAACAGUGCAGCAUUUUAUCUUCCAUAUAUCGCUUCAUGUAUCAGUAGCUUUUUACAAUAUGAUCAGUAUUAAGGUAUUUAUUUCACUAAGAAGUCUUAAAAAGAAAAAGGAGUAUAUGGAACAGGUUGAUCCAGUGGUGCCUUAUGACUUUUUUAGUCAACUUUUGUGUGUUUCACGAGUUGUUGUUCUUGCACAUCCCACCGUAAAUAGCUCUGAUAGCAGUGUUACACAGUGCUGCGCCAAGUCCUCCUUCUGUCGUGUGCUCAGUCUGCUAACUCAAGUGAGCUGAAUGUGAGGAGCAGUGUGGGUCAGCCUCCAGGUGAGAUGUGGUGGCACUGGUGCCAUUGCUGGCAUUGCUCUGGAAGCCUUCCCUUCUCCAGACAGCCCAGCUGCCUUCAGCAUGCUUGCAGAGUAUUGAAGGAGUAAGCUGAGUUCACUGCUUGCAUCUGGCAGUUAAUUAUUUUAAUGGCAUUGUCUGAAUAACAUUCACACCUCAAAGCUUUUUUUUCCAUCACCAAGACUUGCAUUGUGUGACAAUGACCAUGAAUGUUCAUUUUUGUUUAAUUUGACAAAGUAAAUAAAAUGAGAAUAACUUCUGUGGUAAUUUCAGCUGAGUAUUUCUGUAAGGAAACACAUGCUGUCUGCUUUGGCUUUGUUCAGAAGCUGCAGGGAGAAAAGGCCCUAGUGAUUUGUGCUCAGGGUUGUUAAAGGAAGCUCAGCUUGCAGUACAGGAAUCAUGUAUUUUUGUGAACAAACCACUUCUUGAAUAAUGUUGCAAGGUUCUUGUUGAGAAGCCACCAUUUCCCAUCACUGUAAGAGUCAUAAAAAUUGUUCUUUUCUGCAAGACUGAGCUAUUAGAGAAGUUCCUUCUGUUGCCAUUUUAAGAAGACGGUAUCAGUUUUUCCUUGCAGCAGUGACUGCUUACAUGUCAUUUGUACAAGUAGGUCUCUGCUGGAGAACAGACCUGCUGUCAUGGUUCACAUAGUUUGCAAGACAGCAUUUUUCUGUGCAGAAAUAUGAAAAUAGGAAGGGUACAUUUACCUUUGGAUGCAAAAAGCGGAGCUGGAUGAUUGCAGUGGGGUUGUUUCAAGCAGAGUGGUGGCUGCCAGGAUUGGAGGAGCUGGGGAGAAGUGUGCCAAUGGAGGAUAACCCAAUUGGCUGAAUGUGGGCACUCGUGUGAAAGCACAGAGCCAGGUGUAAGCUGUGCGAGUGUGAGGCUGUGAAUGCUGUCGGUCGGUGCACACAGCCUGUUACUGUGGUACUUUGAGUCUGUACAGUUCAUAUUGGAUGAGCUUUAACCUUUCAGAUUGUACUCACCAGAAAACAAGGAGAAUCUCUCACCAGAGGUGCUUGGUAACACAGAAUGGGAAAGCUCUGUAUGUCCCUAAGGGAAUGUGAGAUUGCUCAGCCUGCCUGGUGGCACUGCUACCAGUUAUAACAGGGUGCUGGCAGUGCAGGGAGCACUGAGGAAAACAGGCAGGUCUGCACAUCCUGGGCAAGGGAGCAGCAUGUUGGUAUGCUGACGUUCUGUUGUUUGUGAUACAGGUUCUGUAGCAUAAACUUGUAUGUGAUAAGAAGGCACUCUAAGUUUGGAUUCAAAAGCACACAGGACUAUGAAGGAGAAACAUAACUUCCAACGCAGGCUGAGCAGAAAGUAACACGGUUUUUCCAGGCGCUUACAGUUGGAACUUUUAUAAAAUAUUAAUCAAGUUCUGUGAAUGUUUUUCUGCUUAACAUUUAUCUUGUAUGUGAAUUUUUUUUUUAAUUUUUUUUUUUGUCUCCUUAUUUUUCUAUCCUAUGCCAAAUAAAUUUUACUUUAUUUACUCA